CCCACUCCAAGCAGACAAUUCAUUAAAACCCCCAGAUACCGGUGCGCAGGGUCAUUGUCUCCUGUCCCCCGCAUAUCAUUAUAGCAUGUCUACGAUACCAUCCCCGGCUAUCUUGAACUCUGCUGGUCCCUUCCUGAUGGGAUUCCUCCUCAAUUAUGGACUGUUCGGCAUGCUUACAGUCCAGGUAUACAUAUAUUACAACGCCUUCCCAAACGACCGCAUCCUGGUGAAAGCAAUCGUCUACGGCGUAUAUUUGGUGGAUACGUUGCAACUUUUCAUGAUCACCUACGAAGCAUUUCAAAGUUUUGUCUUUGGGUUUGGAAAUCCGGGGUCAUUCGAGGCUAUCAAUUUGCUCUGGUUUGAUUGUUGUAUCAUCGAUGGGCUAAUUGCCUCGGUGGUACAGCUAUUCUAUGCUUAUAGGCUCUUCUUGUUAUCAGAAUCGAAACGGAUAGCUGGUUUCAUUGCGGUGAUCUCACUCCUUCAACUUGCGGGUGCCAUCGCAACAGGAGUGUUGGAUAAGGGCGACGCUGGGGUUUCCCGGAUUCGAGCAAAUUUUGUUGUGGCAUCCAUCUGGCUAGGAGGAAGUGCAGGAUGCGAUAUUACGAUAGCAGUUUCGAUGACCUACAUUUUAUCAAGAUACGACACGACCUUCAAUGCUACAAGAGACAUUGUCAAACGUAUCAUCCGAUUAACCAUGGAGACCGGGAGUUUGACUGCUGCUGUUGCAACAGCAGACCUUAUCCUCUACCUCAGCUCCGGGUAUCCUUAUUUCAUGAUUCCCGUUUUGGCACUGGCUCACCUUUAUUCAAACUCGAUAAUGGUGAUCUUCAAUAGUAGAGUCAAAAUCGAGGGUGGGCGAGGGCACUGGUCGAUAUCAAACGGGAUCGCCGAAGGACAUUCCGGUUUAGACUCACUGUCGUGGACUCGACAAGAAGUCACAGUGCAAGGGUAUCCUCGUUCAGAGUUCAGUAUUGGGGUUAGACGUGAGGUUGAUAUCGACAUCGCUGAUGGCCCAAGGAGCGCCCAGCUUCAACCGAAUGUGGAUCUUCGCACACACCCCAUUCAACUUCGUGAACUCCGGUCCAACUCGGUAGAGUUUCCAGUACAGACAAAGAGCCUAGAGGGAUGACGACUUGAUCUAAGUUGAUCAGCCGAUUUAGUGACUUCGUCGCCCGACGGCGAGUCGAGCUUGACCCUAAAACCCACUGGCCCGGCGACUCGAGUGGUCAGCCUUUGUAUGGGGAGAAUACUUAUGACGUGCAACAGACCAUAACCUUCAGAAUUAUUAAUGUAUCCAUUCCCCUGGUAAUUUCCAUUACUAUCUCCUACUACACUAAUGAACCGCCAGUCUAUUCAGUUCCAUUGAUGGUCUUCAUAGGGAUCAUUACUAGGCUGUAGUCCCUCC